GCUCACGUGUUCGCAGCGGAAUCGAACCAUGGGAGCCGUCCAACCGUCCCCAAGCUCCCACUCGAGCGGCCUCGUUCGCUGCUAAACGGGCGUCAGUCUCACGGAAGUUUACCCGAGGCAGACAUGGAAAAAGUUGUCAUUAUAACCGGCGCCAACAGGUCAGUUCAUCAUGGUCACGUUAUUUCUGAUGUUUUUAGAAAAGUGGUUGGCUAGCAAAGCAUUGGGACUCAUUGAGGUGGUGGAAGCUUUUCGACAUAAACAUAGUCGUCUAGAACGUCCAAACGGUAUACAGUGCUUCACAAUACGAUAAUUAUGUUGUAAAACAAAACAAGAGAUCAAUGUCAUUUGCAAUCAGUAGUGUUGGCCGACUGAACUGAAACCAUAUUAGCAAUGAGACGGUUUCUUUAAGCAAUCAGACUUCAAGUUUGACUGGCCAAACGCAUCGUUACACAUUUCAUCGUCAGCAUCUCUGGUGAGUGUGAUGUAUUGAAAUGUGGAAUGUUGUGUCAUGUUCGAGAAACAUUGAUUCCAGAUGAUGUACGUGGCACACCUGCGUGUUGCUCUAUUGGGUUUUUAUAUAGUAUUGAUAGUUUCUACAAUUGUGACAUGAUAGUGGUGGUAUUAGAAGGUGGAUUAAAUAAGUCAAGAAGUCCCCACUGAAGGCCCGGGUACCGAAAGCGGUGCCCGCCAAUGUCAACAACAGUGUCUGGCAUUCUUUGUAUCCGUCUUUGCCACGUGUCUUCUUGUUGCAGCGGAAUCGGACGAGCCUUGUGCGAAAGGCUUCUCGCGGAGGACGUCCAGCUCCGUUUGUGUCUCGCCUGCAGAAACACGCAGCGGGCCGAGAGCGCCCGCUCUGCCCUCUUGACCUCUCACCCCGAGGCCCGCGUGGACUUACUGCAGCUCGAUGUGGGUUCCGUGCAGUCAGUGCUCGCUGCUGCCCGAGAGCUCAAGGCCAGGUACAAAAGAAUUGACUUUUUGUAUCUAAAUGCAGGAAUAAUGCCCAAUCCACAAGUGCAUAUAAAAGCUUUUUUCAAGGGUUUGUUCUCAAGAAAUGCCAUCGACAUGUUUGCGACAGCACAGGGUCUUUUAACACAGCAGGACUGCCUCAACUCUGACGGUCUGCAGGAGGUUUUCGCCACAAACCUGUUUGGUCAUUUUGUCCUGGUCAGAGAGCUGGAGCCUCUUUUGUGUCAGGCGGGUUACGCGUCACGUGUCGUGUGGACCUCUUCAAGUAACGCCCGCCGCGCUGCCUUCAGCAUGGAGGACAUCCAGCACAGAAAUGGGACGGAGCCCUACAGCUCCUCCAAGUAUGCCUCGGACAUGCUCAGUGUGGCCCUCAACAGACACAAGAACAGUCAGGGGCUUUUCUCCACUGUGGUUUGUCCAGGGCUAGUGAUGACCAAUCUCACUUACGGUAUACUUCCCUCCUUUUUCUGGACGUUCAUCAUGCCAAUCAUGUGGCUGAUCAGGAUCUUCACUAAUACAUUUACUCUUACACCAUACAACGGAGCGGGGUCACUGCACUGGUUGUUCCUUCAAAAACCGGAGUCUCUGGACCCGAGGGCAAAAUAUCACAGCUUAACAUCAGGACUUGGAGCCAACUACACACAACCGCGGCAAAUGGACGUUGACGACAGUAUGUGCGAGGUGUUUUAUGAGAAACUUCUUCAACUGGAGAAAGACAUCAGGAGAAGUCUCCCUGACUGACCUAAAUCAACAUUAGCGUCAUGACAAUGACUUGUGUUCUAUGUCAUGGAAAGGUUCACCGAAAAUAUCAACAGUGCUCUCGUUUCAUGUGUGCCUAGUGUUAAACGAGAAGUCUGCAAUGAUACUUUUUCCUCAAUCAUUAGCUUUCUCGAUUUACAGAUAUUCAAGCAAACCCAGUAAAAAGCCAUCUUGGCCCGGAACAUGUCCCAACCAGUGCCUUGGUUAACACUACUGUAUAUACCUGUAAUGGAAAUGUAUAAAAUGAUCUGUUUGGACCUGCUCAAGGAGGUGACGAAUGUGUGGAAUGCUUACACUGUAUGUUAGUGAUCUCGUUGAAAAGCAAGAAAGAGGCUGUGGAUUUAAACAUGAGCCUUGGCUUCUUUAAAUCGGUGCCACUUUUGUCAAGCGGAGUGGAUGAGCUACGCGGCAGAUUCCACACACGACAGACAGAUGUGUUUACUCACCAUGUCCCUGCUGACCACAUGGUUGCUGCUUUUUAUAAACUCCAGAAUCCCACCUAAUCUCCGGAGCAGCUGCUACAGCAUUUUCAAAGUAGAACACUUUUUUUUUUUUUUUUUAAUUUCAGACUCGAUGCCAGUGGUCCUCAAACUGGGGUCAGGGGUGCCCGGGGAUCUGAGGGUUGCAAUAAUUGUCAUAUCAUUUUAAAAAGUGCAGAGAGUUCCUCCAAAACUAAAGGCUUAUUAGUGCAGGAAUAUAGUCAGUUUUUAAGAACAAAAGGUGGCAUUUUUAAAUCUAAUCCUAAUUUGGGAGAAUAAAUGUGUCUUUCAGAAUGAAAUGUGUAUUUAAAAAAAAAAAAAAAAAAAAAAGGGCUGCACGGUGAAAGACGGGUUAGCACAUCCGCCUCCCAGUUCUGGGGACCGGGGUUCAAAUCCCGGCCCCGCCUGUGUGGAGUUUGCAUGUUCUCCCCGUGCCUGCGUGGGUUUUCUCCGGGCACUCCGGUUUCCUCCCACGCCCCAAAAACAUGCAUUAAUUGGGGACUCUCAAUUGCCCGUAGGUGUGAAUGUUUGUUUGUUUGUAUGUGCCCUGCGAUUGGCUGGCGACCAGUUCAGGGUGUACCCCGCCUCUCGCCCAAAGUUAGCUGGGAUUGGCUCCAGCACGCCCGCGACCCGCGUGAGGAUAAGCGGAAUGGAAGAUGAAUGAAUGAAUGCAUAUUUUUUUUUAAAUUUUUUAAAAAGCUGUAUGUUUUUAAAAUUAUUUUGUUAAAAUAUGACUUUGUUUCCUCAUUAAACUUUGACUUUAUUCUUGUAAGGUUAGAACUUUGUAUCCGGACAAAAUACAUCCUGUAAAGAUUAGUUGUACUGUUAUUACAUUACCGAGUAAUUACAGUGAUUCUAUAAAUUCUGUCCAAUGGCUCCCUCUAGUGGUAUGUGAUAGACUCACUGAAUUAAAUGUUCAAACAGUUACAGUGGUUUCAACCUUUUAAUCCUUGACAGUGCUUUUGUUAACAAUUCAGUUGUACUUAGCAUUUAAGUGUGCAAUAGAUUUUAAUUGACGUGUUAUUUGAGUACAUUUUGUUGUCCUAUAUUCAAGCGCAGUGUUAUUAUUCAAACUGUGCAUAAUGAUACAGUUUUUCAACAAUAAUAUGUAUACGUUUUAGGAAUCGGGCCUACUAUGCUAUUGUAUUUAAUGGUGGUCGUUAUAGUGUUAUUGUGGGAGUCAAGUAUUUUUUGACACCUGAUUUGCUUACGCGGGCCACAUGAAAUGACGGCGCGGGCCAGGCCUGGCCCCCGGGCCUUGAGUUUGACACCGCCUGUGCUGUGUGGGGCUCCCUGAACCCCAAAAGUUUGUGAACCCCUGCGAUUGCAAUUAUGAUCAUGUCCGUGAGAGCUCGGUUGCAAAAAUAAAAACAAAUUGUCCAUGUUA